UCCAAGGUGCUGGGGGGCCAGGAGUGCCGGCCCCACUCGCAGCCCUGGCAGGCCGCCUUGUUCCAGGGCCCGCGGCUGCUCUGCGGGGGCGUGCUCGUCGACGCCCGCUGGGUCCUCACCGCGGCCCACUGUCAAAAACUGAAGUACACGGUGCGUCUGGGAGACCACAGCCUGCAGAGCCGGGACCGGCAGGAGCAGGAGAUCGCCGUGGCCCAGUCUAUCCCGCACCCCUGCUACAACGGCAGUAGCGAGGACCACCGCCAUGACCUGAUGCUGCUCCGACUGCGCACGCGGGCCUCCCUGGGGCCCAGAGUCAAGCCCAUCAACCUCACGAACUACUGUCCCCAAGCUGGCCAGAUGUGCACCAUCUCGGGCUGGGGCACUGUCACCAGUCCCCAAGAGAACUUCCCUGACACCCUCAACUGUGCGGACGUGGAGAUCUUCCCCCAGAAGCAGUGUGAGGCCGCCUACCCGGGGAAGGUCACAGACGGCAUGGUCUGUGCGGGCAGCAGCAACGGGGCUGACACGUGCCAGGGUGACUCCGGAGGCCCGCUGGUGUGUGGUGGCGUUCUCCAGGGCAUCACAUCCUGGGGCUCGGAUCCCUGCGGGCAGCCUGAGAGACCUGGCGUCUACACCAACGUCUGCCGCUACCUGGACUGGCUCAAGAAGACCAUGGGCAAAAGGGGCCUAUCCUAGAAUAAGCCCCGGAUCUCCCUCAAUAAACUGCACCCAGCCUUGCUCGGUGCCUGUGUGCACCUUGGCCUGUGAGGAGGGAUGAAUGAGGGAGGGACUGAGCCCUACUGGCAGGCAUGGGGCGAUCUGGAGAGAGCAGGACCUCGUGACCACUGCACAUUCGCUGCCUGAAAUAACCUCCCACCCCGGCUCCUUUAUUUCCUGGAAAGGCUUGGGAAAGUGGGAGAUUUAUUUCAGGAGAGAAAAGACAGACAAGGGCUUUCAAAUACCCAGCAUGGACGGUCUGUGAAAGGGUCUCGAGUUGUUUUUCUGUUGUUGUUUGGUUGGUUGUUUUUUUUUUUUUAGUUUUUGUGAGUAGCUCAAAUGUCUAUAAACUUUGGCAUAGAUUAAUUUUCCCUUUUCUCCCAAAAUUGUACGAAAUGCAUAGAGAAGGGUCCAGGAAAUAUAUGUACAAGGUAACUAUCCACAAAUGAACCCAUAA